AUGGCGACAACAGCCAGUCCAACUGAAGCGGCGAAUACAGGCUCUGUAACGACCCUAACACAAUCGCAUCUGGCUAGCCAAGAUGCGAGUACACUAGAUAUCAACAAGCUUUCUGCGAUAACACCUGAAGUUAUUAGUAGGCAGGCGACUAUUAAUAUCGGUACAAUUGGUCAUGUAGCUCACGGGAAAUCUACUUUAGUUAAAGCUAUUUCUGGUGUGCAGACUGUGCGAUUCAAGAGUGAAUUAGAACGUAACAUUACAAUCAAGUUAGGAUAUGCUAACGCUAAAAUAUACAAGUGUGACAAUAGCGAGUGUCCCCGUCCUGGCUGUUAUCGCUCAUGUGGAAGCGUCAAGGAGGACGUAUUCCCUUGUGAACGACCAGGAUGUGGCGGAAAAUUUCGAUUGGAAAGACACGUAUCAUUCGUAGAUUGUCCUGGCCACGAUAUCCUUAUGGCAACUAUGUUAAACGGAGCUGCAGUUAUGGACGCUGCAUUGUUGUUAAUCGCUGGAAAUGAAUCUUGUCCACAACCACAGACAUCCGAGCAUCUAGCCGCUAUCGAAAUUAUGAAAUUGAAUCAUAUCAUAAUUUUGCAAAAUAAGAUCGAUUUAAUUAAAGAAGGUCAAGCUAAAGACCAAUAUGAAAAAAUUACGAAAUUUGUUCACGGCACCGUGGCUGAGUCAGCCCCUGUAAUUCCAAUAUCAGCCCAACUGAAGUAUAACAUUGAAGUUGUAUGUGAAUACAUCUGUAAAAAGAUUCCAUUACCAGUUAGGGAUUUUCUAGCUGAUCCUCGCUUAAUUGUCAUUCGUUCCUUCGAUGUUAACAAACCUGGUAGUGAGGUUGAUGAAUUAAAAGGUGGAGUUGCUGGUGGAAGUAUCCUUCAGGGUGUAUUAAAGGUUGGGCAAGAGAUUGAAGUUAGGCCUGGCAUUGUAUCGAAAAAUAAAGAUGGAGAAAUAGUUUGUACACCUAUUGUAUCUAAAAUAGUAUCUCUGUAUGCUGAGAAAAAUGAUCUCCAAUAUGCCGUCCCUGGUGGCCUAAUUGGUGUUGGAACAAAAAUUGAUCCAACGCUUUGUCGAGGUGACAGAAUGGUUGGCCAGGUACUAGGAGGUAUUGACGGUUUGCCUAGUAUCUAUACUGAGAUUGAGAUCAGCUUUUUCUUAUUAAAACGUCUCCUUGGAGUUCGUACCGAAGGUGAUAAGAAAGGGGCUAAAGUUCAGAAACUAUCUAAAAAUGAAGUCCUAAUGGUAAAUAUUGGAUCGCUUUCAACGGGAGGCAGAGUAGUUGCUGUCAAAGCUGAUUUAGCAAAGGUAUUACUAACACAACCAGUCUGUACCGAAACGGGAGAAAAAAUUGCUCUAAGUAGGAGAGUAGAAAAACACUGGAGAUUGAUUGGAUGGGGUCAAAUACGACGAGGAACAACAAUUAUUCCGACGCCUGUGCACCUUCUGACUUCUGAUUCGAAAUAGCAUGUUUUUUACAU